AUGCGCAAACUUGCCCCGCGCCUGUUGAUUGGUCCGAAGUUUCACAGUGGGCGUGGUCCUGUCGACAGACAACAAGGGGUCUCUGCACUGUUUCCUUCUCGCAUUAUUUCUCCAGGCUCCAUGUUCAGUGCAGUAGUGCUGGUGCUUGGCUGCCUGCUGCAGAGGAAACUAGUGGCCACAGAGGGGCAUCGUGGGACCAACUGCCAUGUCUUCUAUGCAGUGCAAAUGGACGGAGGCUUCAGAGCCGCCAGAGCUCUGGCAGAGCAGCACGGACUGGAGUUCAUACAGCGGGUUGGCAGCCUGGAGGGUGUGUAUACCCUGAGAGACAGCAGGGGGCGCCCUGACAGAGCCACCUUUGAGAGCAGACUUAGGACUGCAGCAGGGGUUCACUGGGUGCAGAGGCAGCACAGCCAUUACAGAGACAAACGGGUACCUGCGACAGGACCGGGCCAAAGUAGAACUCACAGUUCCCAGAGGAGAGAGUCUGCAACUGACAGACAGCCUGAGGAGAAUAAGAGUGACCAGUCCCUCACCUUCAAUGACCCGCUCUGGCCCAUGCAGUGGGAACUGUUUGCACAGGGCGAGUACAACUCCAGUGGGUUUGACCUGAAUGUGAUGCCGGUUUGGAGCAACAACAUCACCGGUAAUGGAGUAGUGGUCAGCAUCAUUGAUGAUGGUGUAGAUCACGCAAACAAGGACCUGAAGAAAAACUUUGAAGCGCUCGCCAGUUUUGACCUGUGUGCUUCACAUGGUCUUUCUCAUGAUCCCAUGCCUGUCAGAGAUGAGGAGAAUAGUCAUGGUACCCGAUGUGCAGGGGAAGUUGCCAUGGAGGCCAACAACUCCUACUGCGGUGUGGGCAUCGCCUUCAAUGCCAGGAUCGGAGGUAUCCGCUUGUUGGACGGCUCUGUCACUGAUGCCAUGGAGGCCACAGCCCUGACCUUCAACAUCCACUUCAUCGACAUCUACGUCUGCAGUUGGGGCCCCCGGGACGACGGGGCCGAGAUGGACGGGCCGCACAAUCUGACAGAGCGAGCCCUUCGGCUUGGAACUCACAAGGGCCGAGGUGGGAAGGGCAGCAUCUUUGUGUGGGCGGCAGGUAAUGGUGGAAUGCAGCAUGACCACUGCGGUGCAGAUGGUUAUGUUAACUCCAUCUACAACAUUGCCAUCGGCGCUGUCUCUCAAACAGGGAAGCCCGCCUACUUCGGCGAGCCCUGCCCCGGUGUGAUGGCCGUCACUCUUACAGGGGCCGGCGUGGGAGGCUCCCUACCUCUGGUUACUGUCACGGUGACCAGCAUUAGUGAUGGCUGUGUCACACACUUUCCAGGAACAUCCAGCGCUGCUCCGAUUGCUGCAGGGAUUCUGGCUCUUGUCUUAGAAGUAAAUCCUAACCUGACGUGGAGGGAUGUUCAGCAUCUGAUUGCCGAGACAGCAAAGAUCCCUGACCCCAAAGAGCCUGGGUGGAACAUCAACGGAGCAGGAUUCCAUGUUCACCAUAGGUAUGGCUUCGGAUUGUUAGAUGCAGGGCUGAUGGUGCAGCAGGCUGUAUACUUCACCAGUGUUGCUCCACAGAGGAAGUGCACGCAAGAAGUCACACUCGAUCAUACCAGGGUCCUUUCUCCAGGAGGCCUGGUCAGCGUGAACAUCCAAUCAGAGGCCUGCCAUGGGAGGUCCAACGAGAUCAACACUCUAGAGCAUGUUCAGGUGAGAGUAAGCAUCAGCACCGUGUGUCGUGGUGACCUCUCUAUAAGCCUGGCGUCUCCAGCCGGCACUGUAUCACUGCUGUUGGACACACGACCCAAUGACGCCUCCACUGCAGGCCUGAAAAACUGGACCCUGAUGACGGUGCACUGCUGGGGGGAGCAGCCACGAGGCCUGUGGACCCUACAGGUGACUGACCACAAAGGCACAGUGAGGAGCUGCAUGAGGCCGAAUGACGAGGAGGCAUCCAGAGCCUUACUCAGUGUUACACUCAUCCUCUAUGGCACCUACCUCUCACACAGGACCAUGUACGAGGGACCCCUGCAGAGCAUUGUGUCCAUGGGGUUGCGCCACCCUGUCCCUCAGAGGGGGGUGUACCAGAGGGACGGUUACCCCCCUCUCGAUCUUAUUCAAUGGGUCUACCAAAUGGAGAGAGACAGGAAGGUACGGGCUGAUGAUAUCACCGUUCCAGUCAGACACAAGAUGUUAAAGAUUCCUGAUAACAAGACCUUCAACAAGCUCCUGAUGUCCAGUAUGGCUUUCCAGUUACAUCAGACAGAUGUUGCACAGAAGUCUUCCACGGGGGCAAGACCUUCUGCUGUGAAGAAGCUUCCUGAGACCAUCAGGGAUAAUGUGGACAGAGAGAGCAGUUCCUUACCAUCACAGACUCUCCAGGGUGCCAUCAUGGAUGUGAAGGAGGUGCGACAGUCAGACACUUCAGAUCCAGGAGGAGGGGAAAAUGUGAGCAGAAAGGCAGGGGAAGGGAAGGGGAAAUGAGGAAACAAAUAUGAAGCAUGGUUAA